UGUGCCAUAUCACGAAAAAUAAGCUUGAAGAAGAUUUCAUUUGGUCAGAGAAAAUCUACACCACCACGGGCGAUAAAAAAGUCAAACUUGUUUGUCACGCUCUCUAGCGUCAUUUUAUUUCGAAGAAGGAUUGGAAAGUUCUGACAUCUAAAUCGUACAAAUUCCGCCAUAGGAUAACCUUACAGUGGAAUUAAUUCAUAAUAACAAAGAUUGAUUGUGAAUAUUGCCUGGUGAAAUCCGUGAGUUCGAGUCAUUGAAUUUGAUGGCCAAAUGGAUCAAAAAUGAAAAAUAAAAAUAAGGAAUAAUAUGCAUGUGAUAUUGUUUCUCCAGUGGUGUGGUUGACAGCUGCAAUAAACUGUCCAUUCAAAAUGAUUUUUAGAUAAUAAAACACGGACGAUUGUUUCUCAAAUCCACUGUUAUCUAAUAAUAGAACUCCGUUAUGGACAAUAAUUGGAAAUAAUACCCUCUCCAUGAUUCGGCCUAUUUAAUGACCAACUAUAUCAAUCACAUAUUCAAAAUAUAAAAUAGGCCUUAUUUUUCGAUAAAAAACUGAAAAAUGUUCAAUCGAUUCAAGUCGGCUUUAAUAAAUGCGGUGUCGGGUAAUGAGCUUGGCUUACAAUAUCACAAUGAUUCGGAAAAUGAAAUUGCCAGUGAUUAUGUCAAUUCAAAUGUGGAGAUUGAGGCAAAACCGUACAGUAGACCAUGUUUCUUAGGUCUUACAAAUGAGGAGACGCAGGUCAGCGCGGAUCAUAAAGUGCGGCCUAUAAUCGUUCCAAGGGACCUGAGUCGUUUGCCAUGGUGUGCUGGUUAUGCAGAAUGCAUAAAUGCAGGAAAAAGUACAUGGAAUGAGGACCAGGCAGCAGCAACAAGAGGAGAUUUAUUCUUAUCUGACAGAGAUAUAUCACUGCCUUAUAUUAUAUUUUCAAUGUUUGAUGGACAUGCUGGAUAUCAAGUGGCACUCACAUCUAGGUUACAUCUGCAUCGACUUAUUCUCGAACGAUUACAAGCCAUUCCUGGUCAUAUGCUGCUUAAUGAUAAUGGAGAUAAUUUUAUAAGAGGGAGAGAUCUUGUAAUUGGAGCUAUUGAAAUGGCAUACAGGCAAAUGGAUCAGCUAGUUGAACAUCAGGCACAAAACGGUGGCGGCGGGUGUACCGCACUCACUGUUUUAUUUUUAAAUGGAAUCCUAUAUGCUGCAGGUGCUGGAGACUCGAGAACCGUACUUGUCCAUGGAGAUGACCAACGCGCAUUAACCACAGAUCAUACUCCCGAUUCUGAAUCGAAUCGUGUCAGAGCGUUGGGCUCGCUGAAAGAUGGUGAAUUGUUGAAGGGUUAUUUUACACCGUUAGAAUUCCGCAAACGUCCAUUGGAGAAGGAAUUGGGUUCAAUGGUGCUUUAUCGAGAGCCCUACAUGACUGGUUGGACGUAUAAAGUUUUGACACAUCCUGAUUUGAAAUUACCCCUCGUAUCUGGUCACGGAAAGAGGAGUCGAGUGAUGGGAACAAUUGGAGUAACAAGGGGAUUCGGAGAUCACGGAUUGAAAGCAGCUAGCACUGGUGUUAGCAUCAAACCAUUCUUAUCCUCUCAGCCGGAAAUCCAAUGCCUCAGGUUAGAUGAAUAUAAACUCACAGAGAGGGAUUGCGUAAUAAUCGCAACAGACGGAUUAUGGGAUGUUGUCAGUAACAAGGAUGCAGGAACAAUUCUUCGGAAAACACUAGCACCAGAUACGCCCUCAUUAGAAUACAGAUUAACUAUGGGCGCUCAAGAAUUGGUUCAGGCAGCACGAGGUCGUUUGAUUGGUCGAAUUUGGCGAGGAAAGCCAGAAAAGGUCGAUGAAAAUGAUGACGAAUAUUUACCCAUGGCAUCAGUUGAUGACAUAAGCGUUAUGGUUGUUCCAAUCUAUCCGUAUUUAUGUGAACACAGACAGUGGUUGAAAACGAUGCAACAAGAAAAAAUGUAUUUAUUAAAAAACGUGCCUGAGUGAGAUUCACGGUGACACGGAUAGUACUGCUGAUAUAUGGGUCACUCAUGAAAUUUAAUAUUUAUUGUUGAAUUAUGGAGAAAUAAGAUCAGUUUGAGUUCAUGUGUGGCCACGGAAAUUUAUGUAGCACUUGACAUUUUUUAUGACGCAUGAAAAUCUAAUGUAUGGAAACAUCGUAUGUUCAGAUGUGCAUGCAUCGUAGAAACUCGUUAAAAACAUAUGUUUAUAGUGUAUUAACAAAUUAUCUUCAUUGACCAGCAAAAAAAAGGGCAGGAGUGAGGCUAGAAUUAAAAUGACGGAGUCACCGUUUUUUAAAAUUCACAACUACUCGAUACAUUCCACUUUUAUCAAAUUUAUCGAAUCAAAUAAAAUGAGGAUAAGUAUGAAAAUUUAUACCUAAAGACGAAUUUGCGGAUUCUUGAAUAAAUCAGUAGGCAAUAGACGAUAAUAAUUAAAUUAGUGUUGUACAUAAUUAAUGACGGUCGUGGGAAAUUUUAUUUUUGUCCUUGUAUUUAGCUCGUAUGAAUAAAUUGAGUGAAUUUUGAAAAUUGGUGCAUCUUUACCAAAAAAUUUCGAAUUUUCGUGUUACUUGGCCCUUGACGUGAUUGCAGUAAUGGUAUUCUAGAAUUAUUUUUACAUGAAUUUUUCAAGAUAUUCUUAAAUUCCGAUCCAAGGUCACCGAGACUACUGAGGGUAUCGGUUAUUUCAUUUAUUUGUGAAGAUGAAUUUUCCAAUUGUAAAACUGAUCAUAAUUUUUCGAUUCAAAAUGUAAUAUUCUUUCCUGUGAAAUGCAGCAACGUGUAUCGCAAAAAAAAAAUCUUAGUA